UCCGCGCUUCGGACCAUGGCAACGGUUGCUCGGGGACGGGUCGGCGGGGAGCUUGGUUAAUGUAGUCCCGGGGCGGCCGAGCUAGAGGAGCCGGAGACGGGGCAAGGAAGAAGCGGAAGCGGGGGUUUAGAGGGGUAAGACGACUCCAAGUAAGCAGCGCGCCGGAGGAGGCCGCGGGCUUCGGGCCGUUGCCCGGGCAACGGUGGGAUGGAACCCAAGGCCAGAGCCGAGGAUGAAGAUGUCAAGAUCACCGUCGAGCUGCUCAAAUCGACCACUGGGGAGUUUGAUCUGGAGUCUAUUUUGUUCUUAAAGCUGACGAAAAUGAACAUCAGCAAUCUUGGAUGCAUUGGAGACUGUGUAAAUCUGGAGAGGCUGGACUUGUCGAGAAAUGAUAUCUCAAACCUCAAGCCCUUGGCAUCACUGAAACUUCUAACUGUGCUCAACUUGUCAGCCAAUAGAAUCUCCAAUCUCGAUCCUCUGUACUCCUGUGAAAAUCUGCAGAACCUCAAUUUGGCAGGAAACCUAAUCAGCAGUGUGGAUGCACUUCGUUCAAUAACCAAGCUGAAGAAUCUGGAUACGAUUCGACUGAAAGAUACAGUUUGCAGCUUUAGUAAUCCAGUGUGUAUGAAUACAUCAUAUCUGAACACUAUACUAGACAUGUUCCCAAACAUAAAGAUAUUAGAUGGAGAGAGAGUGUCAGGAAGGGGCAGUGAUUUGUACCGACUCUGUAAAGACAUUGAUGAUUCUCUGAAAGAAAUUGACAGCAUUCGUCCUAUCCAUGUAUCGGUCAGUCCGACAAAAUGGGUUGAGGACAGUUACUGGGAACUGAAACCAAUGCAGCAAACUCAGACUGAUAAAGCUUCUGAACAGUUUUUUGAACUUUUAAAAGGAUGCAGAGAGCUGAAGAGCAAGGCUGCUGAUGUCAUUACAAAAACCAAAACGAUGCCAAGGGCUGUGAAAUAAGCCAAUCACCUCUGAUAAUAGUCGCUGCUACCUCCAGAAACCUGAGCAAUACUCAAACUGAAGCCACUGAUUAAUACAGACACCAGAGCCAACGUGCGUUUACCAUGAAACUGUUACGGAAACCAAAGAAAUGGCCGAACCCUCUGCAGACUGUUUUCUGCACAUUUCUACGUGGGUGGAAUAUUUGCCGCAGAAAGCCAUUAAAAAGCCAGACCUUAUCACCAGGGAUGAUAUAUAACUUGCUGCGUUGAAUUGGGUUUUACCAUCUCGCAUCCAGCAUACAAGUGCACCUGUUGAUCAGUUCUUAAAGCUUCUAAACCCUUGCACUAUCACUGUACUGACUAAUGUAGUAAUUAAUGCACUACGGAUCUGUUAAAGUUUGAUAAUUUAACUGAAAUGCACCAACUAUUCACAGUUUGUGAUCAGGUGUACAUGUGAUUUGUAUCUGUUGUCUCUGUUGUAUUUCAAAACCCUGGUGAGCAAUAUAUUCAUAUAAGAUGACCUGCAAUACCAAACCAUUUAAUGUUUCCUGAAGAAUGCUGCAGAAAUAAAAUACCACUAUAUAUGCAAAAGCAAA